AUGGAUGAGGCUCUAUUAGUUGCUUCCAAAUUCUUUGAAUUGCCAACAAUGGAGAAGGUGAAGUUGAGGUCAAAUGAUGUGCACAAGCCAGUGAGGUAUGGAACGAGUUUGAAAGAUGGGAUUGACAAGGUUCAAUUUUGGAGGGUUUUUCUCAAACACUGUGCCCACCCCUUAAAAGAAUGGAUCCACUUGUGGCCAGAAAAUCCAUCAGAUUACAGGGAAAAGAUGGGGAGAUAUUGUGAAGAGGUGAAGAAAUUGAGCUUAGAGGUGAUGAUGGCACUGAUUGAGAGUCUUGAAUUAGAUGCAUGCACAGAUCUAACAAAGAAGGUUGAAGAUGGCAUGCAAGUGAUGGCAGUGAAUUGCUACCCACCUUGCCCAGAACCAGAGAUUGCACUAGGGCUACCCCAACAUUCUGACUAUAGUUGUCUAACAAUUUUGUACCAAAACUACCCUGGGUUAGAGAUAAUGGAUUUGGAGGAUGGCACAUGGAAGAUGGUCCCACAUAUUCCUGGUGCACUUCAAGUGCAUGUGGGUGACCAUUUUGAGGUACUAAGCAAUGGCUUGUACAAGAGUGUUGUGCACAGGGCUACCCUUAACAAGGACAACACAAGGAUCUCCAUCACUAGCUUGUUCAGUUUGGGGUUGGAUGACACAAUGGAGACAGCUGAACAGCUUGUGGAUGAUCAACAUCCUAAGAAGUAUAAAGAGAGCAGUUUUAGAGAUUUUCUUAACUUUCUGGCAUCCAAUGACAUUGCUGAGGGGAAGAACUUCAUUGACAUGCUCAAGAUCAACUUCAAUUAG